AUGGCUCUCCCCCUGAGAUUCAUCCCCCAGACAAUAUUACCAUACCAACCCAACAACCUUACUAAAAAACAUAUACUUAGCACUAUCCUUACCCAGCUCUCCCAUUGUAACCCUCGAUCAGAUUUAACCAUCUGGUUUAUACAGGUCGAAGCAUUUGAAUAUCGAUCUUCUUCUAUGUCUAACACCGAUCAAACUAAACCCGCCUCUGUCAAGAGUUAUUCGGAAGCCGUCUCGGCCUCUGAAGGUACUCGCUCCGAACCGAGCAAGCAACUCAAGACGACCCCCAAGAGACCGAAAAAGCAGUUCAAGAGCCCAGAAGUCGUACCCUCGGAGUGGGACAGAGACUCGGACUCGUCAGCGAAGAAGGACGGACCUCAAGCUAACACCGCUCCUGUUACUAAACUAGCUAAGACGGUAUCUAAAACUAACAAGACUGCACACUCGGCUAAAAACGAAAAAAGCGAGCUAAAAAAGAAUACUCAUCCUGACGGCGCUACGCACGAAGGAGCCGAUAAGAAGAAGACCACUAGAUCUAACGAUCCGUUGCCCAACGUCGAUCCCUUCAAAAGCAAAGAAAAGGUCUCUAAGCUCAUCGAUAAGGACUCGAUCAGCCAUCUUACCUUUAAGAAAGUCGAUCAACCUCCUCAAAACGAUAUAGGUACUGCUUGUCCUAGCGAACCGAUCACGAAGGACACUAGCGAUCAAGCUACUCGGAUCGUCAAACUUCCUGCUUCAGGUAACUCCGUUUCCGAAGCUGCCAAGACCUUGUUAAACGGUCCUACGACUUUUAACCAGCCAGUCGAUCGAUCUAAGCAGAAGAAUUUGGACAGCUACUUCGUCCCACAAGGUCGAACAGUCCGAUCAAUUUCCUCUAGAUCAUCCGACCACCCUUGCGGUUCUACCACCUCAGACUCAGUACUACCAAGCGACGGUAGUGAUCUAGAUAUCAUAACAGGAGCCACCGCCCAGCUUUGGUCGAAGCCAAAGACCUUACCGGCGCCCCUAGAGGAAGAUAUUCUUCUAAGGUAUCCUCCAGCUCAUCAUCCACUGCUUCAAGCGGUGAAACUCAACCGAGAGUACUACCGCAAAGCAGAGAGGAAGAAGGACGAAUCGAUGAAGGUUGUGGCCCUCAGAGCAGCCGCAGGACUCCAGAAAGAUCUGUCGGUCUCGAUCGAUCCGGAGGAAUUCCAGAAGAUCUUCAACUGGAAUCCGAAGUCGGAAUUCGAAGAGUACUUGAACACUCAGAAGGGCAGGAACUUCCUGAAGGAGAGAGGCGCCGAAGUGACGCCGACUCCUCCUCCAGAAGUCCACAUGCGACCGCCGGAGGCAGACCAGUCUCAGAUCCAACCUCACGAGCAUCGGACAGAGUACCAACCUCAGCCUCCGAUGUAUUACCAUCCGAACGGUUAUUAUUACCCAUACCCACCGGAGAUGUACAAUCAGCAGAAUCCCAGCUGGAAUCAAACAAGCUACUAUUACAACAACCAGAAUUACCCUGUGGCUCAGCAACAGCCUAUACAGGAGAACCUUCAUCCUCAAGCCCCUCAGCAGCCACCGGGCAGUUCCAAUCAAAAGAACCUAAACGAUCAGGCUCCGAAGAGCAACCGAAACCGUCCGCGCAACAGAAAGGCAAAGGGACCAAACUGGGUCCCUCCCCCGACUCUAAAGCGAGCCCCUCGAGACUCCUGGGAAGCAAACGCCAGGGAGAAGCGUCGAAGGUCCCAUCAACUCUCGAUUCACCAAGAGAUGAUAAGACUCAACCGCACGACGCAAGCUCAGUUUCAAGCGCUAGAGGCCUUGAGAAAUCAGAACGCAGGGGGCGAGAAUCGUCGUCAACCCCGAGAGGGCGCACCGACUCCAAAAAAUUGA